AUGUUCAUUCUGUUCCUCCUACUCACAAUAACCAUAUCAACUUCCGACGGUGGUAAACUGGGUCGUCUACAAUCAGUGGCUGUGAGUGGGCAAUUAAAAUGUGAGGGCAAACCAGCAGCAGGGCUGAGAGUCGACUUGAUGGAGUCAGACAAUAACGUCGAAGAGAGCGGAAUUAUUGAUGAUGAUGAUUUUAUUAAUUAUUUUAUAACCGAUGAAUCUGGAAACUUUAAUGUCAGUGGUUCGGAAGUUGAGAUUUCUGGAAUCGAGCCAUAUGUGAAUAUUUUCCACAAAUGUGAUGAUGGACUGUCGCCAUGCCAACGUGUUCUCCGCAUCAAUAUCCCAAAAUCAGCAACUGUUUGGGGAGAAACUUCAUCCGAACUUUUCUCAAUUGGAACAUUCGAAUUAGCUGGGAAAGUGGUUGGAGAGCGAAGAAGUUGUGCUUACCGAAACCUGACAACCGAUUCAUUUUAA